UAAAACUAUAGUAUAUAGUCGUGUCACUUUCUUUGCCUUACCAAUUUUUCUCUUAUCUCCAACACCAACAACUACUAAAAAUUUUGCCUACAACUAUAUACUAAAAAUUCUUGAAAAUAUAACCAAUCCUUUUUUUUUUUUUUUUUUUUUGCUUUGUUUCACCUAUGGCUAAUAUGUUGAAUGCUUCACAAAUUGCAUUCACAAAAUACCCUUCUUUUUCUUUAUUUAAUUAUUAUCAACAAUCUUCGAAGAAUGUAGUGUUUGGCAAUGCAAAAAUAAGGGGUUGUUUGGCUACUACUUUAGCUUACAAGAAGUUGAAUUCUAAAAAUAUUGUUGAAAUAGUGAAAGAAGAAAAUGAAGUUGAAGAAAAAUUUUCUAGUAAUGAGAGUGAAACUCUUUUGUAUUCAUUCAGUCCAUUGCCAUUGAUGUUUAUUGCUGCUCUUCCUGGAGCUGGAACGAUAAGAUCUCUGUUUGGGCCUUUCGUUGAGCUUGUAAAAUCAUGGAAUCUACCUGAUUGGCUUGUACAUUGGGGACAUCCUGGUAACAUGGCUGUUGUGCUCUUUGCUAUGGGUGGUUAUGGAACUUACCUUGGUUUUCGGAUACGAUUUUCUGAUGAUGUGGAGGAAAAGGCGAAAGCCAAAGACUUGCAUCCGAAACUUCUAGGAGGAAUGUUCUUCUUCUUUGCUCUUGGAGCUACUGGUGGAAUAACAUCUCUACUUACUUCAGAUAAGCCUAUUCUUGAAAGUCCUCAUGCUGUUACAGGUUUUAUUGGCCUUACACUUUUGACUAUACAAACCAUUUUACCUACACUAUUUGAGGGAAAUCCUGGAUUGAGGAAUGUACAUGGCAUAUUGGGUAGUGGUAUAAUGACAUUGUUUCUCGUACACGCCGCGCUUGGACUUCAGCUCGGUCUAAGUUACUAAAACUUGUCAAUUCAUGAUGAACGAAGAACUAGUCGAUUGGGAUACGCUCUAUAUACUCUUUUUUUUUUUUGUAUCGAGAAACGUUUUAUUUAGAGGAGAGAAAAAUUUACUAUUGUUUGGUAACUAUAGAAGUGUAGUUCAAAUUUGACAUGAAGGGUAUUUGUAUCGAGAUCCAAUUAAAUCCAGAAUCGGACAUUGCAGGGUUCAUUUCUGGAUGAGGAGCUUCCGAUAAGAUUUUUUCUUUGGAGAAAGGACAAAAACGACACUUCAAUUUAAACUAUUUCCAUGAAAAUGGUCAUAGAAUUUAAAUUUCA